GUGUUCUAUCUACAAAACUAGUUAGUUGAGUAAAGGUACCCAUGAUGUGACUUUCAUUUGCUUUCGUUCAUGUAAAACUGUUUUGUGUUAUUAUUUAAAUGUACCGUUUUUAAAGUAACAGCAGUGGAUUGUUUGUUUUGUAUUUGCAACUUUUAAAACCGUGUGUUAAUAAUAAUUUUUGAAUGGUAGAAUUUAUAUGGACCGCCAGCCUAGCCUAGUUGCUUAAACGUACACAGCAGAAAGGUGUAAUGAAACAUUCUUAUAAAACGGCAUGAAUUAAAUAUUUGGCAAUAAUUGCAAUUGCACAAGAAUUGAGAGAAGGGGACACUUUAGGGAUGGAUGCAAUAGAAGUUGAUCCAAAGCUGUUUGUCACUUGUCGGCUAUGUCUUGAAGAUCUAGGACAAUUCCAGAUAGUACCCAGUGUGCAACAGCAGAUCAAGUAUUGCUUUGGCAUAGAGGUUGAGCCAUUUGAUGGACUCCCACAACUAAUAUGUAUAAAAUGUAAGGAAAUAUUAAAAAACUUCCAUGCAAUAAAAAACUUAUUUUGUGAGAAGCAAGCAAACUUGAUAAAGAAGGUGUUGAAAAAGGAAGAAAUCACGAUUGGCGUUCAGUCCCAACAAGACACUGUCAGUUCAAGUCAAGCUCCUGGACAUGCCAAUGAUUCUACAAAGAAAAAACCAAAAAGGAAAAGAACACUAUCUUCAUCUAGUGAUGAAGAAUCUGAGAAAUUAUCCCAUACUACAAAAUCAAAGAAAAAGAAGCAUGUGUUACCACAUAAAACUAAAAUUCCAAUGCCAUGGAAGAUGGACUACAAAAAGUGGGUAAUGUGUAAGUUAUGUAAUACUUCUUGGCCAAGUAGCCAAUCUAUGUCAAGUCACAUGCGUUGUCAUACUCUUCUAAAGGAAAAGUAUAGAAACAUUUUCAACAGACAAUGUACUGUGAAAAUGAAAAAAAUUGACAAUCAACUCAAUUUAACUGGGCUGGCUAACAUGGUCGUUUAUAACAGCAACAGGAUUAUAGAACCUGGUAGUCCAUACUCUUAUGUAAUUUAUUCAAAGGGUGAUCCAGAUGUUAACAAUUUCAGUAAUGAAUUUGAACCAAUCAUAAAAGACUGUGUAGAGAGUAAAGAAUCUUCAGAUGAUGAUGAAAUUAUAGUAAAUCCAGCAUCCAGAAAAAGGCGUUUUAUAUCUAGAAGUUCCAUUGACACUGUUGUUAUAGAAAGUAACAGCAACAGAGUGUUAUCUGAUUGUGAAGAUGAUUCUCGAGCAUCAACUCCAAAUGAUAAUGAAGGGCCAUCAUGCAAUGAUCAGUGCAUAAGUAUUGACGACUCAUCUGAUAAUGAGUCUGAUAGCAACUUAGACAACAGCAAAAACUCUAAACAACCAAUGGAAGCUAAACUAAGCGAUUAUAAAAUUGUACAAGGUAUUAUAUCCAUGUGUGUUAAUUCGUAUCACAAGAAAAACGAAUCGGCUAAUGUUGAUAUGUUACAUACAAAUGGAAGCUACAACAAAAAAAAUGAAACUCAAACAAAUAUAGAAUCUCAACUCAAACAUAAAGUGUUAAGUAUUGGAAGAAAGAUUAUAAAUAAACAGGGUUUCAAUUGUACUGGUCUCCUCAGGUAUUUGGAACACAAAAACCUUGAAAUUGUAUGGAUAGCGAAACCACAGUCAUCAUCCUCUAAAGACACAAAUUACAUUCGCAUAUUGACAAAACUACGUGAUCCGAAAAACAAAGAUGAGAACGCUGGAUGGACUAAGAUAUCGGAAACAUGUGAAUCUAUGUCUGUACCAACAAGUAGAAAAAGUGGUCAUGACCCCACUGAAUCUUUAACCACUGUGGAAACUAAUCAAUAUCCUGUUAUUGAUACUUCAACAUCAAAAGAAGCUGCUAGCGCGGUUGCCAAUCACAACACGAAUCUGCCAGAUAAAGAUAUCCAAGCAAAAUUGGAUGCAAUACCAGCAGCUUUAUACAGUAUUGAUAGCAAAGCAAGUUCUUCAGAUUUGAAAAAACUUUUGAAUGCCAACCCUGUUGCUAAUCCUAAACAAUUACCUAAGAAAUUAGGACCUUGCAAUGAAUCCAGAUCUAAUAAAACAAAUAGUAAACCACAUUCAUCGUCUAUUAGUAAUGAUGUUGAUAAUUAUUGUAUGCCUAUCAUAACUUCUACGACGUCUUUAGCUGUGGUUCCAAAUAAGGACCAGGAACAAUCUGGCCUUCAAAAGAGUACAGAUACACCCGCACCAAGAAUUAAAGUGAAGCCAGCUUCUGAGUUGAUGUCUGAAAGAACUUUAAAUUGUCUCAUGAAAGAGCAAUCACCGCCUGUUACAAGCACCAUGAUGGUGAGUCAAAUUGAUAAUGUGUGGCCGCACAACCACUCUGUAAAUGUUUUUGUUCCGAACAUGGGACCGUCGCUGCAUGUCACCAGCCAACCCUUACCAAUAGUUGAAAUGCCACCUCAUAAUACGGGGUCUCCAUCUCUAUAUCAAGUUAUACCUAGUUCUACACAAUCAAACAGUAAUGAUGAUUAUGUUAUAUUGGAUUCCACAGACUUACCGAACACUAAAACAGACUCGCCUUUUAGAUAUUUCAAAGAUUUGUUGCAGAUGCACAGUUUGAUUUUAUGGGAUUCAUGUCAAUUAUUACCCAAAGAAUUUAUUAGUAUUAUCAAAUUCAAAGUUGUAUUUAAACAAGACCAUAAAAAAGAAGAACCGGUUAUGCUUUGUCUCUCGUUUUUAUGUCUUAAGAAUAGUUUUUGUUUGAAGUUUAAAGACAGAAAUCAGCAUAGCCUGGAUAUAAAUAAUAUAUCCGCAAAUUGGCAAUGGGAGCUUCUUCAAAUAUAUCGUGGAGAUGUUAGCAAAAAAGUUUUACAAAAUGCUAGGAAAUUCGGUAAAGAAACGUACGAUUAUACUUACAAUUUCUUUUGUUUGCUCAAUUCGAUCAAGUGUCAUAAGGUUCAUUCAAAUAAUUAAUUUGUUUUGGCAUGAUUGUCCUUUUUUGUAUUAAAAAAAAAAAAACUAAAAUACAAUAAAUGUUAGGUUUCCUGGUCUAGUCAGUUGAAAAUGCGAGACUUUAUUUAAAUUUAAACAUGGUGCGGUUAGGCAAAAUAGAAGCGAAGUCCUUUGCCUGUACUACGUUUUUGUGGGCCACCAAGACAUCUUAUUUUUAGUCUUUUGAUAACUGCAAUCUCUAAGCUCAGUCCCUAGAGGGUUCGGUUGACCUUUCAGCGUAGGUUUUUAUUUCCCAUUAUGUCUUGGCUUCAACAAGUGUGUUGGUGGAUCUCCUCCGUUUUAGGAGCCACUAUUUAGGGUUCGUUGCACGCACAUUGUUCUACUUUUGCUGACGGAGUCUUAUAGUGUUGUGUUGCCUCGUAUUUUAAGCAAUGAAUUGUUUAUGAGUGGUUACCCGGCUUGUUAUCAACGGAUGGAUCCUAGUUAAUUUCCUAUUGGUUUUUGUAAAGGAUAUCUCUUAUUCUUGACAUGUGGUUUCCAUGUUCUAUCGAUGUGAAGCCUAGGCCAUAAGGUCUAUGAGGAUCAUUUGGGGAAAUAUCAGUGCCGGAUCAAGUAGAAGAUCGGUAAAAAGGCCAAAACACGAGAGCGAAGCGAGCAAGCUUUUACAAAAAGGCGAGAGCGAAGCGAGCAAGGAUUGUCCAGCAAUUUUACGACUAAACCUCUUUUCAGAGUUCCGUACCCAAAGGAUCAUUACAGCUUUUGGCGUGAAAUUCGGAGAGUAGGACUCUAUUCAGUGUUUUUGUUUUUUAUCACUUCCUCAAGCUCAAGAACAUUUGUCGAGAGGCCAUUGGUGUUCUUCGUUGGUAGUGAAACUACAAAUAUGUGUCAGUUCGCGGUAAAAGGUACUUUAUGGGUGUUGGCACUUACGACAUUAUGUUUUUUUAGUCUAAGCAAGAUUGUAGAAUUUGUAUCUCCAAAUGACUUAAGCGCCAAAGUCCAUAAGGUACCUUUUGUCAUGAAAUGACACAUAUAAUCUUGCUAAGUGAUCGCACGAGCGCAGAGUACAGACAUUUUGACAGAUGCCUUCGUCCUUUUCGUAAACAGUCUAAUUAGUCUAAAGUUGAAUACCAUAUAUAAAUAAUACCUAUUUAGAUAGGUUAAGUUUAAUAUGUAUGCUUUUUAUUUCAUAUACUUAUUGUCUCUAAGAAACAAACCAGUGUAGUAGUCUUAGUUUAAUGUGUCAUAAUAUCUUCAUAAGCAAUUGAAAGAAACAAUAAGAUAUCUAUGAUUAUAGAAAAGAAAGUCGUGUUAGUUACGCUACUUAUAAUUCAAGAAUGGCUAAGCCGCUUAAGCUGAAAAUUAAAAGGGAGAGCUUAGACUCGGCAGAAGGACAUGUGAGUUUUUAUCACCAUCCAGAUAGGGUAAGCAGUUAUCUCGGGACGAAAUGAUGAAACAGCGAAUGUUAGUAGGUACCCUUAUUGAUAAAAGAAACUCGGGUUUUAAGUUUAUGUCGACUUGUGACGAUAGGCAAUUUCAUAUCCUUAGUUGAUGGUUGUUACGGUUUAUCAGAAGCAAGUCUAACUGCAAGUAAAUAAGUCUUUUUACAGUUGCCAAAAAUAUUCAAACCUGGGGCUGAGUAGUUUUUUUGAUAAUUGUGUUGUUGUGAAUUGAAGUUGGGGGCCUGUGUGCUAAAAAAACAGUAUUUUAACUGUUAUGUCGCACAUUGCUCUUGUUGUGUAGUUUUAAAUUCUACUUCUUGUUGCACUUACCUACUUUUUACAUGUUUGUGACUGAGCAAUCUGUUUUAAGGUGUCCCCACAUUUAUCGAAGAUCUACUCGACUUUCGCCGUCGGUUGGCAUCGUUAGAGCCGAGCCGAUGCGAAUGGUAUUAGUAGCAUCCUUCCUUUUUACGUAGGUAUGGGGCUUUUUUGACCGGUGUUAGCUGAUUCCGCGUCGAUAAAUGUGGGGAGACCCUUACUAAAUUUUCCUUUUUUAUUUUUCAGUAGAACUAAAUUAUAGUUUCCUUUGUAUUGUGUGACAGACUUAGGUUUUGUAAAAAUAGACUGUUGCCUUUGGCUGAAGCAACAAUUAGUGGUAACUAAAUGUUUAUGAUACGGUACUUGUUAUACAAGUAGGUACUUUAAGUUUUAUGUUAUCUGUUCUAUAUCUCUAAAUGUAGUUAGUUACAUAUUUACAAUAUUGUCAAAAGAUACCUAAUAAAGUUCAGAAAAGUUAAAAA